AUGGGAAAUAUCGAUCUGGUUGAUAAAAUCAUAAAGAGUGGCAAUUACGACAUCAACGCCUGUUAUAGCAACAAUGAACAUAAACUCACUCCGCUCCACUUGGCGAUUAUGUUAUCAAAAACCGAAAUGGUCAAACAUCUUCUCAAACCUCCACUGAAUGCCGAUCCCACAACGCGCAAUGCAUGCGGGAUGAACGCCCUUCAAUGUGCGGCCGCGUUUACAGAUCAAACGGAGACAUUCGAUUUGCUACUGGCACAUGACAAAGUCAAGGUGGACGAUGUGGACGGAGAAGGACGAACGGCUCUCCAUGUGGCCGCUCUUGUAUCCAACGUCAUUGCUGUUCAAAAAAUGAUAGACAAAGGAGCCAAUCCCAAUGCUGUAGGCAAAUGGGGUGAUUCUCCUCUUCAUGUGGCAGCAACGAAAAGCGACGGUAUCCCUAUCAUUGAUCUACUGCUGGAAGCUCAAAAUGUCAAAGGGAUGGGCGAUGUCAACGAUCGAGAUAAAGAAGGAAGGACUGCACUCCAUUUGGCCGCCUCCUCAUCCAAUGAAAUCACUGCCGAGCAUUUGAUCGAAAAGGGCGCAGAUCUCCACUGUCGAGCCAAUGAUGGCGAUACACCACUUCACUUGGCUGCAAUGUACGCAAAGGACAUGCAAAUCAUCGACGUAUUACUCAACAACAUUAACGAAGGAGAUAUUCAACAGUACAGAAGGGAUGAGAAUGACCAACUUAAACGUAACGUAAAGCUUAACAUGAACGGACUACAAUGGGAAAUUCGUGGUCGGUUGGUGGAAAAGGGCGUAAUGAAACUAACUCCGAGUAGCGAAACUGACGAGAGUUCACAGGAAAUUGAUGACAUCCUGAAAGAAGAAGAAUUCGAUAUCGACGGCCGCGAUGAGAAUGGAGACACUCCACUUAUUUUGGCAAUACGUGCAGACAACAUGAAGACUGUUGUCUACCUGCUGGAAAGAGGAGCCGAUCCCACCAUACGCAACAAAAAAGGCUACACUCCAUUUCAUCUGUCAGCGGAUAGCGAUAGAGAUUCCUAUAUUCCCAAUUUACUUUUGGCAAACGACAAAGUUGACAUCAAUGAAACAACAUCUUAUUGUGGAUUGACCGCCCUCCAUCUGGCAAUUAUUCACUCCAACCUUACUUUAGCAUAUUUCCUAUUAGGUAGAAGAGCUAACCCCAAUGUCGCUGAUGAAAAUGGAGCCACUCCACUUCAUUGGGCGGCAAGGGAUGCCAAAGACAUGAACAUUGUCGAGUUACUCCUCGAACACGAAGACUUGGAUGUCAAUUGCUUGGACAACGAAGGACGCAGUGCGUUAGAUUACGCAACAAUGAACACACACGGGCACGGCGAAAGAAUUGCCAAUCUGUUGAAAGAGAAAAGCGUCGGGGAAAGAGGAAGCAAAUUGUUCAAAAGAAACAAUAAGGACUAUUUAAAAAAACAUAUGCGUGAUUACUUAAAUGAAAAACCCAGCGAAAUUGAAAACUGUGUAGCCGACGAUACAAUACCAAUUGAGGCCAAAAUCGAUAAAAUUUUGGAAAAUAAGGACUAUGUGGUUUCAGCUUUCAAAUAUUCGGACGUAGAAAGUGUUCGUCGACUAUUGAAAAAUGGAGCAGAUACCAAGAUAUGGGGAGAACAGGGAGGGAAUGCGCUUCAUUUGGCAUCACUUAAUGCAGAGACGACAGAUGUCAUCGACGUAGUUCUAGAAACUGAAAAAUUCGACAUCGACGGAGUCGACAACAAGGGAAGGACACCUCUCUAUUGGGCAAUCGCGACAAACAACUUGGAAACAGUUCGUCACCUGAUUCAAAAGGGAGCCGAUCCCACCGUUGCAAACAAGGAUGGCCACACCCCACUUCACGCGGCGGUUCAUCACAUAAAAUCGAUCGAAACAGUCAGUCUAAUCCUGGAAAACAAACAAGUCGAUAUUAAUCGUCGUGACAAAAAUGGCACGACUGCCCUUCAUUGCGCAAUAAAAGCAAUGGAGAUAGAACAAUCCAACAACGUAGAGAUGGUUCGCUACUUGCUGGAAAAGGGAGCCGAUCCCACCAUACGCAACAACAAUGGCACCACUCCAUUUCAUUUGUCAACAACAUUUCUGACAAACACCGAUGUGCUCGGUCUCAUGCUGGAAAACGAAAUAAAGAUUGAUAUCGACGAAAAGAAAAAUGACGGAUUUAAUGCCCUCCAUAUAGCAAUUGGCAUAUCCAACCUGACUACUGCUCGAUUCCUGUUGUCAAAAGGAGCAAACCCCAACGUCACUGAUAGAAAUGGAGCCACUCCACUGCAUUUGGCGGCAUUACUGUCUAAAGACAUGGACAUGGUAAAACUACUCGUCAAUCAUCCAGACGUGGAU